AUGAGAACGUCCGUCUGUGAUGGCCAUUGUGACGGAGCGAACAACAUUUAAAGGCUCGAAAUUAUAAUAUUUUGCUAGGAAAUACUCUGUGUGGAUCAGACGUGAUAUUUGCCAGUGUGCACGGCUCACGAUAAUCCGUUCGUUGUCGAAACGGUCGAAACAGUUGCGAUACGGCAGGUAAAAACAGGAAAAGAAACGGAAGUUCAGUUCAAGCGAAAAUACGCAAAACCUUGAACUUCUUCGGUAAAUAUUAGGACCACUCUUCGGACAGCAGCAAUUUGGGGCAAAAAAAAAAAAAGUAAUAUAAGGAUUAAAUAUUACAGAUUUGUCUCCAACGUAAUAUGAUGCAUGGAAGUGUUUGUUUCAUAGUCGUUAACCUUCGAAAGAACUAAAUUUAUGACGAGAUAAAAUGUGGAUGUGUAGGGACUUACGCAUGUGAUCUUUUUGACCUCGAUAAGACAUGUAUAUUGAGCUUGUAUGCUGUGUGGUGAAAUUAGUUCAAAUGCUAGCAGUCAACUGAGAGGCUGGUUUGCUCUUCGAGACGUGGUGUACUUUUAAUAAACGACGGCAGUGCUUUCAUGAGAAUUUAACUUAGCGCGAAUUAAUUAUGAUUUUCUCGCGUAGAUAUUUUUAACCAGAGAAGGAGCUUGCUGAAUUUCAAAUUUGUGCUUUCUGUAAAGAGAAAUCUGCUUCAAGCGAGGAAUAAUAUUGCUAGCGUAAAGCUACUUGAAGCACACAAGUUUUGAUAGACAGUACAUUACAGGCCGUCUUAAUGGUGUUCCUAAGUAGUCCCCAGAAGAUGACCGAAAUUUUUCUGCAUCGUGUGAAUCCAAUUUAUUAUUCUGAUUAUUCUGAUACAUUGGUUUCAUUCCACGGCAGAGAACACUGUUUUCUGUCUUGAAAUAUCAUUUGUGCUUUUUCUUUCACAUUUGUGGCUUUAAAUUUUGAAGCCUACCUGGUGAAAGAGGAUAGAAGUCCAAAAAUUGGCACUUCAUAGGUGCGUUGAUUGAUAUCUGGGUGUCACAAAAAGAGGCCCGAUUUUAUGCCAUACUCCCAGUUACACAGCUACAAAAAGAUUUUGAGUUGGUGUAUAUGCAACGCAUUUUAUCAGAAGACAAAAGUCAUCAGCAUUCGAACAUGGAUAUUAUAUCCAGUUAUCCCCUACUGAAAUCAUUUCUUGUGGGGUCUUUUUCUGGAACGUUCUCAACUAUACUGUUUCAACCACUGGACUUGGUUAAGACUCGACUGCAAAAUCCAACACCAAAAGCCUUUGGGGCCCAGCAAGGGCAGUCAUGUGGAAUGACAACAAUUAUAGGCCAUAUUCUGCAAAAGGAACACAUCUUUGGGUUGUGGAGGGGCAUGACCCCCUCGCUCACCCGCUGUGUGCCAGGCGUGGGGCUCUACUUUUCCUCCCUCCACUGGCUAAAAUCGAAUGUAUCAUCCGAUGACCCAGGGCCAAUUGAAGCCAUAUGUCUGGGCAUGCUGGCUCGAUCACUGAGUGGAGUGUGCCUCAUACCGAUCACUGUCAUCAAAACAAGGUUUGAGAGCGGUGUCUACCAAUAUGGGGGCAUGACUGAAGCCUUAAAAAUUAUCUACCGUACUGAAGGAGUUCGUGGACUGUGCUGCGGACUUGUGCCUACAUUAUUCCGGGAUGCGCCAUUCUCGGGCCUUUACUUCAUGUUCUACACGCAGACCAAGUGCAUCGUGCCAUACGAGUGGCGUCACUCAAACUUUGCAGCACCUGUCAGCUUCUCAUGUGGUCUGGUUGCUGGACUUCUAGCGUCAGUUGUGACACAGCCUGCAGAUGUUAUCAAAACCAAAAUGCAACUCUACCCCAACAAAUUCAAUGGCGUUUACAGUGUUCUUGUUUAUAUUCACCAGAAAUAUGGUGUCCGAGGCUACUUCAAGGGACUGGUGCCGCGAAUGCUGCGAAGGACAUUGAUGGCUGCUAUGGCAUGGACAGUGUACGAACAGGUUACAAGAAGUAUUGGCUUGAAGUGAUAUUCCGAUUUCUGCAGACACACAAUUUCUGCAAGGUCAGCAAAAUAACAGAACCUCAAGGUUGGAAAUUUCUUGCAGUUGAUAAGUGGGUCAAGCCAAAUCACAAUUUAAAAUUACUUUGUGGAACCCAACGCAAAGAAUUUUGCACAAACAUGCAACUGUAAUUCAGGAGUUAAAAGUUUCCUUAUCAGUUUCGUUGGACUUUGACAUUGAUCCUGUCUUCAUCUGCCAAGGAUAAUGGCUAUUGGCUGAACUGCUAGCGAGCUGAAUGCAGUUUCUUGUAAAUUGGAUAUAUCUUCUCAUUUAUUGUGCCCAAAUAGAGCAAUACAGGGUGAGUUUUCCUUCGUCGAUAUGAUAUGUAUUGUCACGUUCUGUUUCUGAAGGAUAAAAAUGAAUUCUUUUGCUGAUAAUAUAUUUUAAUAUUGUGAAGAAUUAUAUAAUUUUUAUGACGUGUAGUAUGUAUUCGUGUAUCUUUGAUUAAAAAGGAAAAUGAUAUUUAAUAGUAAUGAAUUUGUUGUGAGGAGAAAGUAAAACAGAGAACUUUAUUAGAAAAUUAAGUGAUAAAAUGUACUAAAACUUUGUUUAAAAUAAUGAAAAGGAUUAAAAUAAAAUUGUUGAUUUUAUGA